UUCACACAGUUACAGAAAUGGAGUGCCAUUUUUCUGUCUGGGGAGUUUUGGCGUUUCUGUGUUUGUCUCUGGUUGUUUCAUUGAUACUGAACAUUUCACACUAUAUGAAAAAGAAACAAGCUAAAAUGUAUAAAGACUAUGAAGACAACAGUCCAAGCUAUGAUGACUAUUACACAGAAGAUGACCCAGUUUAUGGCAAUCUCAACCAAAAUAUUUUAGAGGAAUGUUGUUACGAGCAGAUGAAGUCCCAGCCUCAAAGCCCAGUUAACCAACUACAGGUGGAGCCUGCCAAUCAGAUGUGUUAUGCCUCACUUGAUCACAGUGCCAAGGGAAAACGCAGAAAACCAAGGAGAAAGAAAGACCCUUCAUUAGAGGAGGAUGGAGAAGAAAGAUCUCCUAACCCCACCAUGAUGGCUUCCAAAGUCAGUAUUUACCUCAAUAGCGAGCAGCUGGCUGCUGAAAGCACGGCAAACAUAGAAGCCAUUCAUGAUGAUCCCAUCAGAUUAAUGAGUUUGAUUCAUACUACAAAAGGAGAGGACAUUUGAAGUGGCUUCAUGAACCAAAUAUGUAAUCGAAAAUUGAGAUCUACUUGCUCAUUCUGGAGGAACAGUGAAUGAUUAGAGAUAAUA